UUGGAGUGAACCCCUAUGUGUAAUGGAUGGUCCAUCUUGGCUCUGUCCCACCUCAUUGAGAUCCACUAUAAAUAUAUACUGAGGAGUGGGGGAAGAUUACAUAAGACAGAAAAAGUUUGUCACAAGCACUACGGACUGGAGGUCCAGACCAUCUACGCAGAGCAAGACACACAACCCACCCUAAAGAUGGGAGACCCAAUUCAGUUAAAAGACGACGGGAACAAAUUCUUCCAGGCAGGAGAUAUCGACAAGGCCAUUCAGUGCUACACUGAAGCCAUCAAGGUGUGCAAGGACAAAAAAGUGCUUGCUGUCAUUCACAGGAACAGAUCUGCAUGCUACCUAAAAAAGGAAAACUAUGCCAAUGCAGCUUCUGAUGCAUCUAAAGCAAUUGAUGUUGAUGCAGCAGAUAUUAAAGCCUUGUACCGGCGUUGCCAAGCUCUGGAGAAGCUAGGAAAACUGGACAUGGCUUUCAAAGAUGUGCAGAGAUGUGCCACCAUCGAACCAAAGAACAAGACCUUCCUGGAGACUCUCCGCAGGCUGGGAGCAGAGAUCCAGGCCAAGCUCAAGACAACAUUCUCCACAGAUUCGAGGGUACAGAACAUGUUUGAUAUUCUCCUUGAUGACGAAAUGGAAAAGGAAAAGAAGGAAAAGGCUGCCAACAACCUGAUUGUGCUGUCCAGAGAGGACGCUGGAGCAGAGAGAAUCUUUCAGAACAACGGAGUGCCUCUGCUGCUCAACAUGAUAGAGACAGGCAAACCAGAGAUGAUUCUAGCUGCCGUUCGUACUUUGUCAGGAAUGUGCACAGGACACAAAGCUCGGACCAUGGCCAUUAUUCACAUGGUGGGCGUUGAUAAGAUGUGCAGCAUCAUGGCCAUUGACAAUGAGGAGAUCGCACUGGCAACCUGCAACCUCUUCCAGUGCAUCAAUGACUCCCUCACUGGUGGAGAUAAGAGGGAAUACGGGAAAGAAGAGGCCUUGGUUUUGGAUGCAUCAAAAGACCUGAAAACCAUUCUUCUCUCUCUGCUGGAGAUGAUUGCUAGUAAAAAGGUGUCUGGCCAUGGCAGAGACCAGGCGCUGAACCUCCUCUGCAAGAAUGUACCUCGCAAAGACAAGAAAGACCAAGACAAUUCCAAGGCCCUCUUCACUAUUGACCACGGUCUAAAGAAGAUCCUCAAGGUGUGUGGUCAGGUUCCCGAACUGCCAGAUCAGCUGCCCUUAACAGACAAUACACAGCUGAUUGCCAGUGUGCUCCUCAACAAAAUCUAUGAUGACCUCAAGUGUGACCCAGAGAGAGACAACUUCAAGGACAUCUGUAAUGAAUAUAUCAAAUCUAAAAUUGACCCCAAUGACAUGGACAAGACCAUCCAUGCUAUCAACACCAUCUCAGGGCUACUUCAGGGUCCCUUUGAUGUCGGUAACGCCCUGGUUGGACAUCAAGGCAUAAUGGAGAUGAUGGUUGCGCUGUGUGGCUCAGAACGUGAGGUGGACCAAAUGGUUGCUGUGGAGGCGCUGAUCCAUUCCUCCUCAAAAAUGAGCCGUGCCAGCUUCAUCAUCACCAAUGGUGUGUCCCUGCUUAAGGACAUCUACAAGAAGACCAAGAACGAGAGGAUUAAGAUACGUGCGCUAGUGGGUCUCUGUAAACUGGGUUCAGCUGGAGGUGAUGAUUACAGUUUAAGGCAGUUUGCUGAGGGCUCCACAGAGAAGCUGGCCAAGCAGUGCAGAAAGUGGCUCUGCAAUCCCCAAAUUGAUACCAAAACAAGGAAGUGGGCUAUAGAGGGUCUUGCUUAUCUGACAAAUGAUGCUGAUGUGAAAGAUGACUUUGUUGAGGAUGAGCUUGCCAUGAAAGCCAUGUUUGAACUGGCUAAGUCCAAGGAUAAGACAGUUUUGUAUGCAGUAGCUUGCACCCUGGUUAAUUGCACCAACUGCUAUGAGAAAAAGGAAAUUAUACCUGAGCUGGUUCAACUGGCCAAGUUCUCAAAACAACAUGUUCCUGAGCAGCACCCCAAGGACAAGAAGGACUUUAUUGAGAAGAGAGUGAAAAGGCUGCUUAAAGCUGGAGUCACAUCAGCUCUUGCUGUCAUGGUCAAAGCAGACAACUCCAUAUUGACAGACCAGACCAAGGAAAUGCUGUCAAGGGUUUUCUUGGCAUUGUCAGAGGAUCCCAGAGAUCGUGGUACUAUUGUUGCCCAAGGAGGGGGAAAGGCUUUGAUACCACUUGCUCUGGAAGGGACAGAUGCCGGGAAGGUGAAGGCCGGCCACGCCCUUGCCAAGAUUGCAGCUAUUUCCAACCCAGAAAUCGCCUUCCCUGGUGAGAGGGUGUAUGAGGUGGUGCGGCCUUUAGUUAAUCUACUUAGCACAGACAGAGAUGGAACGCAGAACUAUGAAGCUCUGAGAGGCCUCACCAACUUGGCUGGUUACAGUGAAAAAUUAAGAGUAAAGAUCGUGAAAGAGAAAGCUCUACCAGAGAUUGAGAACUACAUGUUUGAGGAGAAUGACCAGAUCAGACAGGCUGCCACUGAAUGCAUGUGCAAUCUUGUUACAUGUAAAGAGGUCCAAGAUCGUUACCUCCAAGAUGGCAAUGAUAAGUUGAAGCUGCUGGUGCUGCUAUGUGGAGAGGAUGAUGAGAAACUUCAGUUAGCUGCAGCUGGAGCUCUGGCCAUGCUCACUGCUUCUCAGAAGAAGCUCUGCACCAAACUGACCCUGGUGACCACCCAGUGGCUAGAGAUCCUGCAGAGAAUGUGUCUCCACACUAACCCUAAGAUACAGCACCGUGCCCUUGUGAUUAUCUACAACAUGCUCGACUCAGACAACAGUGAGCUGGGCAAGAAGCUGAUUGAGAGUGAGAUGCUGGAAAUCCUCUCAGUGAUUGGCAAGGCGGAGGACAAUCCCAAGAGGCAGGAGGGUAUCGAUGUAUCACGAAUGUGCCUGGUCAAAGCGAUGGAACUUGGUCUCAUCAAACCCUUCUCCAGCCCUUCUUAAAAUGCUGGCAACAAGAAAAACAACAGCAACGGACAUUCUUUUUAUUCCCUCUUUUAAAUACAGACUUUUUUUUUGCUAAUGAUUUUUCCACAUCAAAGAUAUUAAAGGAUUCCUAAAUCUCUAAA